AUGAAAUUUAACAUUUCCAUGAAAGAUUUUAAGCUUCUUCUUUCUUUCUUCUCUGUUCUCUUCUCUUUCUUUAUAGUUUCCAUUGCUGUUGAUACCAUAUCUGUCAACCAGACAAUCAGAGACGGCGAGACUAUAGUUUCUCCUAGCGGCAGAUUUGCUCUGGGUUUUUUCGGCUACAGCGGUUCAAGCAGUCGAUAUGUUGGAAUUUGGUAUCCUUUCUCUAAUAAUACCGUGGUCUGGGUUGCCAACAGAGCAAUGCCACUCAACGAUUCAUCCGGAGUUCUGCAACUAACCAGCAAGGGAAUUCUUGUUCUCCAUAAUUCAACGAACACUGUAGUAUGGUCCACCAACACAUCAAGAGAGGCGCAGAGUCCAGUAGCUCAGCUUUUGGAUUCAGGGAACCUUGUUGUUAGAGAGGCAAAUGAUACUGACGAGGAUAAUUACUUGUGGCAGAGUUUUGAUUUCUUAAGUGACACGUUUUUACCAGGCAUCAAGUUUGGAAAAAACUUGGUAACUGGCCAUGAUCGAUAUCUUGUAUCCUGGAAAAGCACCACCGAUCCUUCUUUAGGAGAUUCUACAACUAGGCUUGAUCCCGGGGGAUAUCCCCAAAUCUAUAUCAGAAAAGAUGAGAACAUAGUGUUUCGUUCUGGACCUUGGAAUGGUCUUCGAUUCAGUGGGAUGCCCAAUUUGAAACCAAACCCAAUUUAUACUUACGAGUUUGUUUACAAUCAGCAGGAGAUAUAUUACAGGUAUGAUCUUAUUAGCAAAUCCGUUAUUUCAAUGAUGGUGCUAAACAAUGAUGGUAUCUUCCAGCGUGUUACAUGGUCGAAUAGCACUCAGACUUGGAAUCUGUACUUAACGACGCAGAUGGAUAACUGCGACAGAUAUGCAAUUUGCGGUGCAUAUGGAACAUGUAACAUUAACAAUUCACCGCCAUGCGCUUGCCUGGAUGGAUUUGUACCCAAAGAUGAGCAAGCCUGGGAUUCGGGGGAUUGGUUAAGCGGAUGCGUAAGAAAGAAUGAAUCAAUUUGCAGGGCAGGAGAGGGGUUUCAGAGGAUAUCAAGUGUGAAAUUGCCAGAUACAAGAACAUCAUGGUUUAAUCGGACCAUGGACCUUAAAGAAUGUGAGAGUGUGUGCCUGAAGAAUUGCUCUUGUACAGCUUAUUCAACUUUGAAUAUUACAGAUGGCAGUGGAUGCUUGCUUUGGUUCGAGGAACUUAUUGAUAUCAGACAUUACACAGAAGAUGGGCAAGAUUUUUUCAUAAGGCUGGCUGCCUCUGAUUUGGAGUCCAUUCACAGGCCUAGGAGCCAAACACGAGUCUGGAUCAUAGCUGUCUCUGUAUUGGUUGCUGUUGCUGCUUUACUAGGCCUAUGCCUGCUGUUUCAUUUCAGAAGGAAGAGAUUUCAAAGAAGAGAAAGCAUAGGAAGGAUGCAAGACAGAGACUAUACUGAUGAAAGCAGGGAAAGAGAUUUAGAACUCCCACUAUUUGACUUCUUAACAAUAGCAAAUGCCACAGAGAACUUUUCGGAAUACAAUAAGCUCGGAGAAGGUGGUUUUGGUCCUGUUUACAAAGGUACAUUGAAAGAUGGACGGGAGAUUGCUGUAAAGAGGUUGUCAAAGGAUUCCACACAGGGACUUGAUGAAUUCAAGAAUGAAGUCAUCUUCAUUGCCAAGCUUCAGCACCGAAACCUUGUGAAGCUUCUGGGUUGCUGCAUCCAGCAAGAAGAAAAAAUGUUGAUCUAUGAAUACAUGCCCAACAAAAGCUUGGACGCUUUCAUUUUUGAUCAAAAGCAGAGAAAAUUGUUGGAUUGGCCCAUGAGAUUCCACAUCAUUAAUGGGAUUGCUCGCGGACUUCUUUAUCUUCAUCAAGAUUCUAGAUUGAGAAUCAUCCACAGAGAUCUAAAAGCUAGUAAUAUAUUGCUCGACAUCGAUAUGAACCCAAAAAUUUCAGAUUUUGGCAUGGCAAGGAGUUUUGGGGGAAAUGAAAUUCAAGGAAACACAAAAAGAGUUGUCGGGACUUAUGGUUACAUGUCUCCAGAAUAUGCAAUCGAUGGUCUAUUUUCGAUAAAAUCAGAUGUAUUUAGUUUCGGUGUGUUAGUGCUAGAGAUAAUCAGUGGGAAGAGAAACAGAGGAUUCUAUCAUCCAGACCACAAGCACAACCUUAUUGGCCAUGUAAGUGUCAACAACAUUGUUACAUCAAAUUUUCAUUUGUCAACUGCAUAA